GCUCUCAUGAAAGGCAAAGCGUUGCUCGGCAUUGACAUCGUCUGUUGCCGAACACUCUCCCGUUUCCCCGAUGACACCAGCACGGUUGAGGCCAAAUCUGUUUCUUUUAAAUGGCUGCUUUAUAUGUUCACUAUUUUUCCUGGAAAUUCUCUCACAAUUUACAGAUAACGAAAUCAGUACCAUAUGUCCAGAUAUACGAAUCGGGGAAGAUGACCUUCCAGGGUUUGAUCUCAUUAGAAAAUUCCGAUUGGACGACCCAGAGACUGCAUUCCCUGGGGUCAAGGUAGUGCGAGGCUCUAAUCGUAUGCAAAAGGCCUAUCGAUUGUCGAAGCGAGCAAAUCUAACCCUCCCGACCAGAGCGAUCUUCCCUUUGGGCAUUCCAGAAGAAUUUUCUUUCGUUUCAACGUUCAGAAAACGUAACGGCCGCAAGGACCCAUGGAGCUUAAUUCGGAUCACAGAUUUAGCUCGGCGGACUCAGUUCGCCGUACUUUUUAAUCCUCGCAAACAAGAACUCGAAAUGGCCACACUUGAUUUGGAUGGAAGGCUGCAAGUAGCAAGGUUUAUUGACAUCAAUAUGGACGAUAAAGAAUGGCACAAGAUAGAUCUAAGUGUUCUUCGGGACAGGGUGACAUUAUAUGUUGAUUGUGAACCAGCAGCUGUUCAACCAUUGGGCCCUCGGAGACCAAUUGACGUAAAUGGAGAUAUAAUGGUUGCGAAAUUCGAAGACUCCACACCUGUUCAAGUAGAGUUGCAAUGGAUGAUCAUGACUUGCGAUCCAACUAGGUCGGAAAGAGAAACGUGCAAUGAGCUGCCGGUAAAGAAACGGAACACUACUGUUUGUCCUAUAUGUCCUGCCGGUCCUCCUGGAAUCGAUGGAAAACAGGGUCCACCAGGUCGUCCAGGACCUCCAGGUGAACGGGGACCUCAAGGUUGGCCAGGAAUACCGGGUGCUCGCGGUGAACCUGGGCCCGCAGGUUUGGCAGGUAGACCAGGAGCUGUUGGUUCUCCUGGACCUCUGGGUCCAUCUGGACCUGAAGGUACACCCGGAGAGAAAGGAGAUACUGGACCUCCAGGACUAACAGGAAAACCUGGAGUGAAAGGAGACAAAGGCGACAGAGGAGAACCUGGAAGACCGGGACCACCUGGUCUCGUAGGUGUGCGAGGUCCUCCAGGGCUUCCAGGUGAAAAUGUGUCGGGAGGAGGCAUUAUCGGACCUCCUGGAGUGCCUGGAUUACCCGGACCUAAGGGUGAACCUGGAGUUCGUGGAGACAGAGGACUGCCUGGUCGUCGAGGUCUUCCAGGUCUUAGGGGUGAGCCUGGUAUAGUUGGAAAACCAGGACCAGCAGGACCGCCAGGCCCACCAGGAAAAGAUGGGAUACCGGGGGCUUCCUUGGAUACAGCUGUGUCGGCAGUUCAAGGACUUCCAGGUGAACAAGGAGAACCAGGUCCGAAAGGAGAACCAGGCGAAAAAGGAUCUCGUGGAGACACUGGGUAUGAAGGACCACCAGGACCAAAGGGAGACAAAGGUGAGAGAGGGGAAACAGGUUUCCCUGGCGUCGACGGAACAAAGGGCGAGAAAGGAGAUGUUGGAAGAGCAGGAGAACCUGGACCUCAAGGUGAAAGAGGAAUUCCUGGUGUUGCUGGCCUAAGAGGAGAACCAGGUCUCGUCGGUUUCCCGGGACCUGCUGGACCUGCAGGAAUUCCAGGCCAACCUGGACUUAAAGGUGACAAGGGAGCUCAAGGGGAACCAGGAAUACCCGGUGAAGUAGCUCAAGCUGGUGAUGCGGGUCCCCCAGGACCUCCUGGACCACAAGGAGAAAGUGGGAAUGAUGGCUUGAAAGUAA